UACACAAUUUUCAUAUAUUCAUUUAUAUAUAUAAAUUAUAAUUAUUCAAAAAAGAAAAAUGGGACAGUCAUUUCCACUUGUAGCAAUUUUUGUUUUUGCAAUGGCUGUGAAUGUUUGCUAUGCAGUUGAUUACAUUGUUGGUGAUUCAGCUGGAUGGAACACUGGUGUUGAUUUCAAUGCUUGGGCCGCAAGCAAGACUUUCACAGUUCGUGACUCGCUCGUGUUCAGGUAUACAAAGGGAGCUCAUAAUGUGGUUCAAGUGAAUCAAAUAAGUGACUAUGCAAAUUGCUAUUCAGGACAGAGUGUUCCAUUGACGAGUGGAAAUGAUGUAAUCCCACUAAGAAGUUCUGGAGCCAAAUACUUUAUUAGCAGUGUAAAGGAUGAUUGUGCCAAGGGUCAAAAACUCACUAUUAAUGUUAAAUGACUAAUUUAAUUACAUUAUAACAAUCAAUGUAAUUUCUAUUAUCACAUUUAUGAGCUUAUUAAUAAAAUUUUCAAAAUUUUUGGUUGGGUAUAUAAUGUUUUUCAUUUUUAUUUAGCUAAUUAAAAUUUUUACUCUUGAAUUUUAAUAUAUGCUAAAUUAUAUUUUUUAAGUUAUUUUAGUUAAAUUUUUU